AUGCGAUUGAUCGUGCUGGUCACCCUACUGCUGGCGACUGCCGUUGCAUCCGCUGCAGUUGCACGCAGUAAACCGAACGCAAAAGCCAACCGACAGCUCUUAGAACACUUGUUCACCGGACGACUGAGAGCAGCUCGAAAACAGGCUCCGGCAAAGUCCGGUUCCGAUUCGAGCACACGACCAAUUGUCGAGCACUUUUUCACAACGGAGGUUGACCACUUUAAUGCACAAAACAUCGACCAGUGGACGCUGCGCUAUUUUGCCUCAUCUGACUACUAUCAACCGGGAGGACCGAUUUUAAUUUUCCUGGGAGGCAUCACUCCUAUUUCACCGGAGAUGAUUGACGAAACAACGCUGAUCAACGAAAUGGCACGGGAAUGGAACGGUGCGCUGUUUGCCUUCGAAUCGCGAUUCUACGGCCAGAGUCGGGUCACAGAAGAUUUGAGUACAGAAAAUCUAGAGCUGUUGAACGUAGAUCAAAUAUUGGCAGAUUUGGCAGAAUUCGUGACUUACAUAAGACGUGAGCAUGUUGGAGACGAAACCGCUAGGGUGUUGGUGGCCGGCACAGAGGUGGGAGGAUCGCUGGCUGCUUGGUUCCGAAUCCGGUAUCCACAUCUGGGAAAUGCUGCGUGGGCUUCUAGUGCGCCUAUGACUGCCGUAAUGAAUUUCCAAGACUUUUCGGAAGCCUGGGGAGAAGCUCUGAUUGAACACGGUAGUCAGGAGUGUUACAGUGAAAUCUUCGUUGCUUUCCAUGUACUGCAGAACUUGAUCGACUUAGGAAGAGCCGAUUUAAUCGCCGAGAAGUUCAACAUUUGCUCCGAAAUAGAUCCGGAAAACACCUUCCAGGUGCAGUACUUCUUCAGUAUUUUGAUGGCAACGGUUGAAAUGGCCACUAUUCUCAGCGACAAUUUGGCAGAUUUUGCUCAAGUGUGCGGGGAAAUAACGGGACCUGAUGCAGAGACUGCCGUUGAAGCUUUCGCGAACUGGUUCAACACACAAUGGGCCCAAGAAUUCGGUUGUGCAAUGUCGGAUCCGGCAGAAGCAGUCGAAUUAUUCCAGGACACUGACUGGGAUUCCGAGUUCAAUGCAUACGGUCUUCGGCAAGCAGUCUUUCAGGAGUGUACCGAGGUCGGUUGGUUCCUCACUACGGAUUCACCCUUUCAGCCAUUCGGCGAUCGGGUGACAGUAGAUUUCUUUAUUGAAAUGUGUCGUCAAAUUUUUGGCGAGUGGAUCACCGAAGAAUCAAUCCAGCGAGGUAUUGACCGGGCGAACAACCGUUUCGGUGGAGAUAAUCCCGGUUCCAGUUUGACUCACUUCACCAACGGUGAUGCCGAUCCGUGGAGAAUGAUUAGUAUCACUAGAAACAUCACGCUCGAUGCACAAGCCGAUGUGAUUCCCAACCAGCUCGGUGGAUCCGAUUUGCCAGCCCUAUCUCCAGAUGAUCCCGAGGAUCUGCAGGCGGUCAAGCGACGCUUGAAGGCAUAUCUGGUCAGUUAUUUGUUUCCUUUUACUCCCUAUGGAAGUACGUGA